AUGACAAGUUCUGAGCAGCAUUCUCAUGAAAAUGAACUGAAUUUUAUGGGAUUACAGCCUACAGAGGUAUUCAAAUACCCUGAUCAGGCUUCAAAAACAAUAUGGAGUGUCAAUUCGAAUAAUCUUUUGCAAGUAUCUUCAGAAAUUAUAGAUCUUAUUAAAAAUAACAAAAUAUCUGUCCAAUUGGCAUUUUAUUUGAUUGAUAUUUUUUCAACAAUUCGUGUUAAAGAUAUUGAAACUUUUUCAGAAUUUUAUCAAAAGCUGUCCAACGAAUUUUCAUUCAUCAUCAAACCUAAAAAUGAUAAAUUAUCAUCUCUUUUAUAUUAUAAAGGCAUCAAAUUCGAAAAUUUCGAACCUAAAUUUACACAAGAAGAAAUUCUGAAUUUAUAUUCAACAGAUUCUCCAUUAUACUACAUUUCAUUUGAUAAAGUUGAUGAUCUCAAAAAUAAGUUCCCAAAUCUUGAUCUUAAUCAUAAAAUUAAUGAUGAAAUCACUCCUCUUGAUUGUUCAAUCAAAUACGGCUCAGAAUUAUGUUUCAAUUACUUGAAGAACAUGGGAGCUGAUUAUACUGAAAAAUCUGCAAAGUUUUCUGUUCAAGGAGGAAAUAAUAACAUAUUUAUGCAAAUGAUAGAAGAUGAUGAAUCAUUCGACAAUAUGAUUAAUACAGCAUUGAAUCAUCAUAACUAUGAAAUUGCUGAGUAUCUCCAUUCGAAUUUUCGACAAAAGCCUGAUUCAUUUACGAAAAGCUUGUAUUUCGGAAAUUAUGAUGUCGUAUCAUAUUUAUAUUCUAAUGGUGCCGAUUUCAAAGAGUAUUAUAUUUUCUUUAUUUCCGUACCUCUCAAUAUUUUAUAA